AUGUCAGCGAAAUUAGAGUUUGAAGGAGUGUUGUCAAGAUACCCAAAAGACACCACGAUAGGAAUUUACGUAACAUUAGUUACAGAUGGAUACUCAAGAUUUGCAAUUGAAAGAGCGGAAACAUCGAAAUUAAAUAUGUUAUUAACAAAUGCGUCAAGUAUGCGUCAAGACAUUUUUAAUUACUUGUUUGAAAAAUUAGAUAAUGAUUCUGAUGAUUCUGAUAAA